UAAUGCGAACACGGUCACACAGUGCGCACGUUUUGUACUGAAAACAAAUGAAGAAAAAAUUAAAAACAAUGUCCGAAUCGCAGCCCAUUGAAUUGGAUAGCGAUGAGGACAUGGUAGUAGAUACAACCAAAGUGAACGACACCAAGGCAAAAGAUGUAGAAGAGCCAGUUUCCAUUGUACCCAACACAGAAGACGAUGAGGAGGAAGACGACGACGAAAUGGAUUUGGCCAAUUUCAAUGCUGGAGCUAAACAAACCGCCAAAACCAAGAAGCGCAAAAAGGGAAUCAUUUAUAUCUCGAAUAUACCAAAGCACAUGAAUGUGACACGUCUGCGCGAGAUACUCGGUGAAUUCGGCAAGAUCGGACGCGUCUAUUUACAGCCGGAAAAGAAGCUAGGUGGCGAUAAGGCGAAAAAGAACAAGCGUAAGAAAUACAAUAUUCACUUCACCGAAGGCUGGGUGGAGUUCGAGUCAAAACGUGUGGCCAAGCAGAUUGUGCCGCUGCUGAACAACAAGCAAAUCUCGACUCGAAAGAAGUCGCAGUUCUUCGACUCGCUGUGGAGCAUGAAAUAUUUGCCUCGCUUCAAGUGGGUGCACCUGACCGAGCGGAUGAACUAUGAGCAGGCCGUCCAUAAGCAGCGACUGCAGACGGAAGUGUCUCAGGCCCGCAAGGAGACCACCUUCUUCCAGAACAAUCUGGACAAGAGCGAGCAUAUCAAAAAGUUGGCUAAAAAAGCUAAAAAGUCAGCCAACAUUGCUAAGGCGAAAGCGUAGUAGCAGGAUUUUUAUG